AGAAAUAAUGUUUUAUAAUAAAGAGCUAAAAUAAUGGCCGAAACAAAAACAGAAUAUGGAGCACGAAGUAUUUAUGAUCGGAGAAAUCCUUAUAGACGCCCCUCAGCCUUAGGAGUACCAUCCAGGAGUCAAUGGAACCCAUCUGAGUAUGACGACCUAUAUGUUGCUAAGGAGGGAGGAAGGGAAACAUACAGAAAACCAUCAGAUAAUCUAGAACAGGAGAGAGGUAUAGAUGGGACCUCUAUAUCCAAGCUGACCUAUGUACCUAAAGAUGUGGAGAGGGGUCAACCUAUAAAACCAUCAAACCAUUUUGAGUAUGAUGGAUUGGAUUUUGCCAAGGGAACAGAACACGGCAGAUUUCAGGAGUAUGACAUUGGGAAAAGAGAAAGAGGAGUUAAGAAGGAGGAUAAUAUUCCUAGGAAUGGACGGGCUGUGGGAAAAUCAGAAACCCAGGACCAUUAUAUUGAGAAGGAUGGAAAAAGAGUGUUGGUUAGAGGACAGGCUAGAGAAUCCAAUUUGGAGUAUAAUGGACUUGAUUUUAAAGAAGGAUCUGAGAACCGGAAGUAUUUAACUGAGUGGGCAAACAUGAUAUUCGGUAAAAUUGCAUCACGUUGUACAUUGCUAAUGUUGGAAUUGAAUUACGUCAUUUUCUGUUAA